AAAGGUGCCGGUGAAAAAAAAAGAAAAGAAGAGCGUGGCAAUCUCGCGGUUUCCGUCUUCGAGAGCGCGAAAGAAGGAUUGCGUGUGGAAGAAGAAAGAGAGGAAGGACGAGAGAGAGAGAAAGAGAGAGAACAGAAGUGCGCGGGACGGCGCAAAGACGCACUCGAGAAAUCGGUGGAGAACGCGAGAAAUAGUGAGAUUCAUUCCGUUCGUAAUCGUGUUUGCGGCCUCUCGCGACUAGCGGCCGCGCGUAGGAAUGGAGAGAUCGAGAUAAUAUCACGGAACGAGGUCGAGGUGGUGGAGGACGGCCGUGGCGGUGUCGGCGGCCCCAGGAUGCGGUAUCUACUGCUGUUCUUCCUCGUCCUGGGAGCGAGCCUCGCCCCGGACGCGCUGACCGAGUCCUUGACGCGCGUCAAGGAGCUGGAGGUGUCCGAGAAUGUGCGGCCGGGCACCCGAGUCGGCUACAUCGACGUCGAUAAUCCGCCCUAUCUCAUCGUCUCGAUGUCAGGCCCGUCGGUGGACCGCGACUUGAACGUCGACAUCUCGACCGGCGAGAUAAAGACGCGGGUGCCGCUGGACCGCGAGACCCGUCCGUCGUACGCGCUGGUGGCGCUGCCGCAGAACCUGCGGGUCGUCGUGAACGUGCUGGACGAGAAUGACAACGCGCCCACCUUCCCCGUGGAUCACGUGGACCUGGAGUUCCCGGAGAGCGCGCCGGGCGGCACGAAACGCGCCCUGCCGCCCGCCCAGGAUCCCGAUCUCGGCCUGUACUCGACGCAGCGCUACGAGAUCAUAUCCGGCAAUCACAACGGCGUGUUCAGGCUGGUGCAGCAUCGCGGCCGCGACGACGUGCUGUACGUGGAUCUGCAGAACGAGAAGCUGGUGGAUCGGGAGAGUCGCGCGCACUAUCGCCUCGUGAUCGAGGCGCUCGACGGCGGCGCGCCGCCGCUUCGCUCGCGCCUCUACGUGAACGUGACGGUGCAGGACAUCAAUGACAAUUCGCCCGUCUUCAAUCAAUCGCGCUACUACGCCAGCGUGCCGGAGAACGCGACGGUCGGCACGCCGGUGCUGGCGGUGAACGCGACCGACGCCGACGCCGGCGACAACGGCCGCAUCGAGUACUCGAUAAGUCGCCGGCAGUCCGACCGCGAGGAGAUGUUCCGCAUCGAUCCGGAGACCGGCAUGGUCUACGUGAACAAGGCGCUCGACUACGAGACCAAGAUGCAGCACGAGCUGGUCAUCUUCGCCAAGGAUUUCGGCGCCCAGCGACAGACGUCCAGCACCUUCAUGUCCGUCAGCGUGAUCGACGUGAAUGACAAUCAGCCGGCGAUAACCGUCAUCUUCCUGUCGGACGACAAGACGCCCAAGAUCAGCGAGAGCGCGCAGCCGGGCGAGUUCAUCGCCCGGAUAUCCGUGAGCGAUCCCGACUCCAGAACCGAGUACUCGAACGCGACGGUCACGCUGACCGGCGGCGAGGGUCACUUCGGCCUGGCCACGCGCGACAAUAUCAUCUACCUGGUGGUGGUGGAGCGGCCGUUGGACCGCGAGGAGAAGCCCGAGUACGAUCUGUCGGUGGAGGCGACGGACGCCGGCACGCCUCCUCUGCGCGCGGUGCGCACUUUCCGCCUGCUCGUCACCGAUGUCAACGACAACGCGCCGAAAUUCGACAGGGAGAGAUACGAGGCGCAUCUGUUCGAGACGUCCGAGCCCGGCACGUCGGUGCUGAGGGUGAACGCGACCGAUCUCGACGAGGGCGUCAACUCGGCCAUCCGCUACUCGCUGCACAACUCCACGUGGUUCGCCAUCAACGAAACCACCGGCCUCAUCACCACGGUCACGCACGUCGACUGCGAGGCGAAUCCGACGCCGACCUUCGUCGUGGUCGCGACCGAUUCCGGGUGUCCGCCGCUCAGCAGCAGCGCGACCGUGCUCGUGACAGUGCACGACGUCAACGACAACGAGCCGAUCUUCGAGAAGCCGCUCUACAACGCCACCGUACCGGAGGACAUGUCCGUCGGCAGCUGCUUUCUCAAGGUAAGACUGCGAAAAUCAGUUUCCACCUCUGCGCGCUGCCGCGAAAACGAACGAGAAAGCGGAGAUGGCGUGUUUCGGAUACGUCUCGGACGCUAAUGUCAACCGCCGUGGCGGGCCGAACGAUCAAAAGUGUUUCGCAUUCUGUUAGCGGCGUCGCGCUCAAGUGAGCGAUAUGUUUGCUUUUGUGCUCCGCGCGCCGCGGCGUGAUAUUGUGCUUUAACGCUCCUCUUAACGCGCUCGCCCGUAUAUAUGAAGUCGUAUAUAGUAACGCUAACGGCAAUUGUUUCGUCAGUCGGGUUGUAACGCAAAAAGUUGCGGAAUAGGUCCGCGGGCUGUUGCAAUUUGUGAAUUGCUUGUCAGGCCGCUUGAUAUCUAUAUGACGUGCGGAAUAUUUUCCACACUUGUCUGGACGUUCGCAUUCGCGGGUGUUAACGUCGGCCAACGUAACGCUGUCAUCUGUCUUAACAAGCGUGGCACUGUCGGUGUCUCUCUCUCUCUUCUCCCUCUCUCCCUCUCCGCGUAAUUGAUAUUUAUAUCCACGUAAGAGCUCGAUUCGGGCGUGCGCGUCUCGUCGAGUCCUCUAUCUUAAUUUGUUAAACUAUCAUCAUUUGCGCGCGCGAGAAAGCGCGCGUCGAUUAUACAGAAGUUGCGAUCCGCGCCGCGCGACGAAUGCGAAAUCGAAGUUUAAUUGACGUACGCUUGAGAAAUCACGCUAAUCUUUACAGCCGUCUUCAAUCGAAUGACGGAAAAAUCCGUCAUCGCCUCUUCGGACGGCGAUUCCUAAUUGACUCGUCAUCGGAAUCGAUUGCGCGAAACGCUUACCGGUCGCGCGGAGCGUCCGCAAAUUAAUAUCUUAAAUGUCGCGUCGACGCGAGAGAGUGACAGUACGCGCGCGGUGAACGCGCGGCGCAUUUAAUCCUUGCGUAAGCCACACGGUUUUGCGUGAAAUCAGCUAGGAUUCACGUUAAAGGUUCGCUCCACGCAAGCCGCGCGGGCGAAAGGGCACGAAUGAACGUAUCGCGAAUCGGCCGUCGAGGCAUGUACGUUAACGUCGGGAAAGCUGUAAUUGAUACCUGAGAAAGCGGGAUGAGAGAUUUUCCUCGGCGUGUUUCAAUUAGUACGGCGAAUAUUCUCGGCGAGAGAGAGAGAGCGCGCGUUAUCGAUCAUCGAUUUUUAUUCCGUGAGAAAGGUGACCGGCGCGCGCAGGCCGGA